CGUGGGUAGUUCGAAAGGUGCGUUGGAUUUAAGCAUGGAACCUGUCAGUGAGUUUCACCAACUAAACCUCGACCAAAGAAUCUUGAAGGCUAUUUCUGAUAUGAAAUGGGUAAAACCCACUGAUAUUCAACAAGUCGUUAUACCAUUGGUUUUCGCCAAAAAAUGUAUUGUAGUACAUGCUAAAACGGGGUCUGGUAAGACUGCUGCGUUUGCGAUACCAAUUUUGAAUGAUCUGUUGCAAGAAAAACAGCUUGCUUCAUGUCAAUCUACUUCAGUGAUUGUCCUUACGCCAACAAAAGAGUUAUGUUCACAAGUUGCCAGUAAUAUCAAGUGUCUUUGCAAAUAUGCUGCUAAAAGUAUUUCGUCAGUUGAUAUAUCUACUGGUCAUGACAUUGAUCAAAUAAAGUAAAUCAAUUCAUAAAAACGUGUUCGUAUAGGCCUCUUAUAUUGGAAAACCCAGAUAUAAUAAUAGGAACGCCUUCUAGACUUAUGAAAGUCUUACGUUCUGGAAUUUUAUCACUUAAACAUCUGAGUUGUAUUGUCGUAGAUGAAGCUGACCUUAUAUUCACAUUUGGUCAUGAAGCUGAGAUUCGUGAUCUAAGAUCCUAUCUUCCUUCAAAGAUCCAAGCCAUUUUAAUGUCCGCUACUCUGGAUGACACAUCCAAAGUUAUAAGACGGUAUUUGGUAAAAAAUGCUGAUUGGGUACGUGUAGAGUUGCCUGAUGAAGCUUUCCUACCAGGAGACAGCCAGCUUACACAAUAUAUUAUCAGUGCUGAAGAUGAGGAUAAAUAUGCCAUUUUAAUUGCUUUAUUCAAAUUGAAGAUAGUUCGUGGGAAAACAUUGAUUUUCACUAACUCUGUUGACCGAUGUUACAAGCUCCGUUUAUUUUUGGAAGAAUUUGGAAUCAGAGCAGCAUUGUUAAAUUCUGAACUACCAGUCAAGUCACGUUCUCAUGUUAUCGACCAAUUCAAUAGAGGAUUAUACGACUAUUUAUUGGCAACUGAUGAGUCACAAGCAGAUCAUAAUGUUCCGAAUAAUGAAGCGGAUAAGAAGUCAUUUAAAAAUAGAUCACGACGUCGUGAUACGGAAUAUGGUGUAUCUAGAGGCAUUGAUUUUCAAAUGGUCAGUAAUGUGAUCAAUUUCGACUUUCCACCAACACCUAUCCUUUAUGUGCAUCGUGUUGGACGAACAGCUCGGGCUGAACAAAUGGGCACUGCUAUUUCAUUUGUUAGUAAAUCAGAAGAAAGUCGUUUGGCUGAUGUUGAAGCGUUGCUGAAUCCGGCAGGUGCGGCGGCGGCAGCAGCAGCAGCUGCCGCGGCUUCAACAGCAGUGAAAUCAGAUGAAACCAAUGAAAAAAAAGGCGUUGCUUCAUCUAUCUUCAGACCUUAUCAAUUUCGUCUUUCAGAAGUGGAUGGUUUCAGAUAUAGAGCAGCUGAUGUUGUACGUCAAAUAACUCGUAAAGUCAUUAGAGAAGCACGUUUGAAAGAAAUCAAAAUUGAACUACUCAAUUCAGAACGAUUGAAAGGUUAUUUUCAAGAUCAUAUACCUGAUUUACAAGCACUACGUCAUGAUAAACCACUUAAACAUGUUGCUCAACCACAUUUGAAAGAUGUACCAGAUUAUUUAGUUCCUCAAUCGUUAAAAGCACUUAUGCCAAAUAGUUGUCAUAAUCGUAAAGCUAGUCAAAGAUGGAAACGAAGAAAUUUACACACAGAUAAUCAUCAAUCGAAUACUACAUCAGGUGAUUUGAAAAAGUCAUUACAACUUAAACAUAAACAAGCUAAAAAACGUAAAUCACAAAAUCCAUUAUUUUCAUUUGGACGAAAAAAAUCGAAAGUUGGCUAAUAUACAAUAGACAAUAUUGAAUGAUAUUUCCCACUUGUUUAUUCAAUGAACAGAAAAUGAAAAAAAAAACAAGACUUGUU